GCCCAUCUUUCACGUCGUCCUUUACCCUCUCCAUAGGCUUUUCAUAAUACACCAGAAUCUAGAUGCCCAGAGGCAUUCCGAAUGCAAAGCGUGAUGAUACUGGAAUUAAAUACACGACAUUUCACGUUCCUCUAUCAACGAAUCCAAAACAUCUAGGAACGACCUACCUCAAGUCGGAAAGCCAAACAAUUUGGUUCAGAAACUCUCAACGUAGAAGUAAGGAAGAAACCCCGCAAGAGAGCAGACGCGGUUCUCAGGUUUUGGUAAUCCAUCUGGGCUCCCGUUUCUCGCGUAUUGGACGAGCCUCGGAUGUCACCCCUGUCACCGUACCAACCGUCGUCGCUCGUCGAUGCAAGACUCCAGUUACUCCUCACACUUUCAUCGAAGGGAUCGCUCGGCCGCGCGCAGGAAAGAAGAACUUGCGGCCAUCUGAAAAGAGUUUGGAUCAAAACGAGUAUGAAGUCUCUACGACAUCAGACGAUCCAUUCGAAGAAAAGAUUGCUGCCAUAACAACGUCCCUCCGGGACAGGAUGCGCUUUUAUAAGCUUCGCGUUACUCCAAAUGCCGCAAACAUUGCUUCCACGUUCAAUGGUCCAUUCAGACCUGAAAUAAUUGCGGAGCACAAUGAUCCUUAUCGUGUUGACUGGAUCAGUAGUUCGACCGAUGAAGAAGUGCUUGUUGGGGAUAAGGCGCUUCGUCUCGCAGACCCACAAUCCUCCAGUUUCAUAGUCAGAUGGCCAAUAUACGGUUCCAAAUUCAACACGCGGGAUUAUACAUCAUCACAAGUCGUUCUGAGCGAUAUAGAAACCCUUCUGAGAUACACAUUACAUGAUAAAUUCGCAAUUGAACCUAGGGAUUACGGAAGUCUUUCAGUGGUGCUCAUCAUACCUGAUGUCUAUGAUCGUGACUACGUUCGAGAAUUGGUGAGUCUAUUGCUGGUAUCGAUGGGCUUCAAGCAGUUGUGCGCACAACAGGAAUCAUUGGCCGCUACAUAUGGAGCUGGCAUUUCGACUGCCUGCGUAGUUGAUAUCGGGGCAAAAACAACGAGCAUCGCAUGCGUCGAUGAAGGUCUCGUCGUGGCAGACUCCCGAAUGUCCCUGAAUAUCGGCGGCGACGAUAUCACAGAAUUCCUCUACGUGUUACUUGAACGUAUCAGUUUUCCUUACAAGGACAUCAAUUUAGCUAAUUCCUACGACUGGAAUGUCAUGGAAGAUCUUAAAGCUCGUCUUUGUACGCUAAUGGAGGUUGACGUUGCUCUGAAUUUGUACGAUUUCGUUGUUCGAAAGCCUGGCUCCCCUGCCGAAAAAUACGGUCUGAGGGCGUACGAUGAGAUCAUUCUAGCCCCGAUGGUCAUAUUCGAACCUCGAAUGAUUGAAUUUGACAAUAAGCGACUUGGGUUGCAAGACCUGAACCCCUGUAUCACUGAAGAGAUCCUUGAACACACCAGCGAUCAUGUUACGUCUGCAAUGGUAAUUUCCACCCAGCAUCUGUUGCCGGGACCUAGUGAUACACCAGCCUUGCAGUACACCGAUCAGAAAGCAGACAAGACUUCCUCAGAUGCAGGCCCUACACUUGGGACUUCAUCUAAUAUCAUUGUCGAAGGCUCCAUAGAUGUUCCAAUGGAAGUUAUCGACAUCGAACUGGAAGACAAUAAGUCCUCGGGCCCUCAGCAAUCCAGCCCAUCCAAGUCUGCCCGUAGACCUUCAUCAGAGCCGGUACAACCUUUCCCCGGGAGCUUUGGUGUAGACGUAUGCUUUGAGGCCAGUAAAUUACCUUUGGACGUAGCUAUAUUCAACAGCGCACGGGCAUCAGGAGGCGACGAAAAAAUCCGUAAGUAUCUUCAAGCUGUUUUGGUCAUCGGAGGGACGGCUCGAAUAUCGGGAAUGGGACACGCUCUAGAGAGCAGAUUACAAGCUAUUGCUACGCCACUGGUUCAAAAUAUGGAAAGGGUGCAAAUCAUUCCUCCACCCAAAGACGUUGACCAUCGUGUGCUUGCAUGGAAAGGUGGUGCUGUCUUGGGAAAAAUGGAUGGAGCUGCAGAACUUUGGGUGACACAGCAAGACUGGGACAUUUUGGGAAUGAGGGGUUUGAAAGAACGAUGCUUUUUUUUGUGACUGAAAUUUAGUCCUGUAUCUAUCGUAAUGCUUCGUGAACAGGGGAAGACCGCGAUCCGCUCUUGUAUUCACAUUGUAAGGCAACCUGUGUUGCAUAAAGGGAAACAAACUGGUUCACAUACUGUGCGAUAUGUACAGAAUUGGCUCAAACACCAGAGUCAUGAUGAUUUCAUAAUGACAGUAGUAGUCGCACCAGAGGCUAAAACGCACCUGAGGCAAACGGUGGAAUUUCGAACGUGGCUCGAGUAAUUUGAGUCACGCAUUGAGGGCCGUUUCAAUAGAAG